GCCCCGCGUUAGCCACGCCCAGGCGCCCUCAGCGCGCGAGGCCCGCGGUCCCUUUAAGACGCCCGGGGCCCGCCUGGCUCCCGCCGCCGCUGGGCCAUGGCCGCGCAGCUACUGGAGGAGAAGCUGACCUGCGCCAUCUGCCUGGGGCUCUACCAGGACCCAGUGACGCUGCCCUGCGGCCACAACUUCUGCGGGGCCUGCAUCCGGGACUGGUGGGACCGCUGCGGAAAGGCGUGCCCCGAGUGCCGGGAGCCCUUUCCCGACGGCGCCGAGCUGCGCCGCAACGUGGCCCUCAGCGGCGUGCUGGAGGUGGUGCGCGCCGGGCCCGCCCGGGAUCCCGGCCCCGAUCCCGACCCCGGCCCCGACCCUGCCGCGCGCUGCCCCCGCCACGGGCAGCCGCUGGAGCUCUUCUGCCGGACCGAGGGCCGCUGUGUGUGCAGCGUGUGCACCGUGCGCGAGUGUCGCCUCCACGAGCGGGCGCUGCUGGAUGCCGAGCGCCUCCAGCGCGAGGCCCAGCUGAGAGCCAGCCUGGAGGUUACCCAGCAGCAGGCCACCCAGGCCGAAGGCCAGCUACUAGAGCUGCGCAAGCAAAGCAGCCAGAUCCAGAACUCGGCCUGCAUCUUGGCCUCCUGGGUCUCCGGCAAGUUCAGCAGCCUGCUACAGGCCCUGGAAAUACAGCACACGGCAGCACUGAGGAGCAUCGAGGUGGCCAAGACGCAGGCGCUGGCACAGGCUCGAGACGAGGAGCAGCGGCUGCGGGGCCACUUGGAGGCUGUGGCUCGCCAUGGCUGCAGGAUCCGGGAGCUCCUGGAGCAGGUGGAUGAGCAGAACUUCCUGCAGGAAUCGCAGCUCCUCCAGCCCCCAGGGCCUCUUGGGCCACUGACCCCUCUGCAGUGGGAUGAAGACCAACAGCUGGGUGACCUGAAGCAGUUGCUAAGCCGGCUGUGUGGCCUCCUCUUGGAAGAGGGGAGCCACCCUGGGGCACCAGCCAAGCCUGUGGACUUAGCCCCCGUGGAGGCCCCAGGUCCCCUGGCACCGGUCCCAAGCACAGUUUGUCCACUGAGGAGGAAACUCUGGCAGAAUUAUCGCAAUCUGACCUUUGAUCCAGUCAGCGCCAACCGUCACUUCUAUCUGUCGCGCCAGGACCAGCAGGUGAAGCACUGCCGUCAGUCCCGGGGCCCAGGCGGACCCGGCAGCUUUGAGCUCUGGCAGGUGCAAUGUGCCCAGAGCUUCCAGGCCGGGCACCACUACUGGGAGGUGCGCGCGUCAGACCACUCGGUGACACUGGGCGUCUCCUACCCGCAACUGCCACGGUGCAGGCUGGGGCCCCACACAGACAACAUUGGCCGGGGACCCUGCUCCUGGGGGCUCUGUGUCCAGGAGGACAGCCUCCAGGCCUGGCACAACGGGGAAGCCCAGCGCCUCCCAGGGGUGUCAGGGCGGCUCCUGGGCAUGGAUUUGGACCUGGCCUCAGGCUGCCUCACCUUCUACAGCCUGGAGCCCCAGACCCAGCCCCUGUACACCUUCCAUGCCCUCUUCAACCAGCCCCUCACCCCCGUCUUCUGGCUCCUCGAGGGUAGGACCCUGACCCUGUGCCAUCAGCCAGGGGCUGUGUUCCCUCCGGGGCCCCAGGAAGAGGUGCUCAGCUGAAGAAGGCAUGGGAUGGAGCCCUGGCAUAGCUGCCACCAUGCCUAUGUGCCCAAGAGCUGCCCAGCUUCAGCUUGGGGACUGGAGGACCAGCUGUUGGCCUCUCUGUUAACUCAGAAAGAGAUUGGAGGUUGGAGGAGGUGAGCAUAAACGCAGAGUUCACUGUUGCAGCCUUUUUGAAGGGGACACAGUCUAGGAGGGGGAUAAAUGGGAUGCCCUUGCCCCAGAGAGAAGCCAGUUCUAGGUACUGUCUGGGCCUGGGAGGCGAGAGCAGUGCCCAGGGGACUUCUGGGCUUACAGGACAGCGUGUGUGACAAAAUUCAGAUCUACCUGAACUUGCCUCUGGAGAUGAUAAGGGCCAAAGGAGCACUCAGGGAGGGGUGGUGAGCCAGAGUAGUCCCAGGGGGAGACAGAUUCCUCCCUCCUCCCCGCCUGCAGCUCUCUUUAAUUUUUUGUAACAUUUGGAUAGACAUCCGUCCUGUCUUGUAGUCUUUUUAUUUUGUGCAUCCUUAUAAUUGUAUUCUACAAACAAUUUUGUUUUCUGCAUUUAAACAUUUUUGUGUUUUUAGGAGAUGGUCUUGCUCUGUCACUCAGGCUGGAGUACAGUGGCACAAUCAUGGCUCACUGCAGCCUCAAGCUCCUGAGCUCAAAGGAUCCUCCCACCUCAGCCUCCAGAGUAGCUCAGAUUACAGUGUUUUCUGAAGUUUCCUGACUUAACAUAAGCAUUUUUCACAUGAUUGAAAAUUUUCACUGAUUGCUGUAGUCAUUCUAAUGACUAUCAAGUUUAUUUAUCCAUUAUUGGACAUUUAAAUUUCUUUCUUUUUAGCUAUACAAACAUCGAUGUGUUUUUUUUGAGACAGGAUCUCCAUCUGUCACCCAGGCUGGUGUGCAGGGGUGCGGUCAUGGGCUCAUGGGAUUCUCCUCCCUCAGCCUCCUCAGUAGCUGGGAUUACAGGUGUGCGCCACCACGCCUGGCUUAUGAUGAAUAUUUCCGAGCGGGAUGCUUGGCCACAUUUAUGGUCAUGUAUGUAGGCUGUUACCUCAAGUGAGUCACUCAGGGAACAAUGAGCACUUGAAGAUUUUUUUAUACAAAAGGCCACAGUGAGGCCACCUUGAGUCAAGCCGACUAAGGCCCCUCAACCCUGUCACUAAGCAGCACGUGACACUGGCAGGACCUUCAUCUCCAGCAUCCCACCCCUGGGUGUGGGACUUUGGGGCAGCCGUGUGUGCAGGUGUCGGCACAGACUAGCUCCUCCUGGUUUGGUGUGGUGUUUGCCAUUGCAGAGCAAGCUGCCACGAAGACCCCUGGGCAUGAUUUUGCUUGUAUUUCCGGAAGUGGGGUUGCUGGGUCAUAGGGCAGGUGUAAUUUUUUUUACUUGAAAUGUUCCACUUCUUGUUCUGGGAGGUGGUUCCAAGGGUGUCUGCUUUUGGCCAGGCGCGGUGGCUCACGCUUGUAAUCCCAGCACUUUGGGAGGCCGAGGCAGGCGGAUCACAAGGUCAGGAGUUUGAGACCAGCCUGGCCAACAAGGCAAAACCCCGUCUCUACUAAAAAUACAAAAAUUAGCCGGGCAUGGUGGCAUGCGCCUGUAAUCCCAGCUACUGGGGAGGCUGAGGCAGAAGAAUCGCUUGAACCCAGGAGGUGAGGUUGCAGUGAGCUGAGAUUGCACCACUGCACUACAGCCUGGGUGACAGAGCGAGACUCCGUCUCAAAAAAAAAAAAAAAAAGGGAGGGCUGUCUGCUUUUUGUAACUUGAAAAACUGGACAUCUAUGUUAUAUGUACUCAUGGAUAAAUAUUUCACAAUAAAACUUUUUAAAAGGAUAA